AUGCAGAUUGCUUGGUUCCGGGACGGGUCGCGAAUAGCGACGUUGGGUGCAAGGUUAGUGGGUGGAGGAACGUUACGAAUCCUGUCCGUGACGAGUCAAAGCGCUGUCUGCGAAAAGCAAUAUGAUGAUGUUGGGUAUCUCAAAGAGAGCGAUCUGCGCCAGUUCAUCGAUACGAAUGAGGGCAAACUCACGGCGGCGGAUCUAGAGAGGAAACUGGAGAGGAAACUAAGGAUUCGGCAAAAGGGAGAUGGAGUGUUCUACAAGACAGGAGAUGACGAAAUCCGCCUAGCAACCGUUGUGGGAGAUCGUUGGUUCUGUUCUACUUCAGGUCGGCACAUUGCGAUCCAGGUAGAAGCAAAACUGUACUUUUACGAGCUCGUGCAGUAG